CAGACUGUCAACACUUGCUAGUGCACGAAAAAAGGCGUUAAGCCUUCCGCAGUCAUGAAUGCUGGAAAGAAGUCAUUAAGAUGUUUGUUGCUAUUAUUUUGUUGAUUAUUGUUUGAGAGGAUGAGCGGGUAUGAUGGCAAGAUUGCGGGACUGUAUGAUUUGGAGCAGACGUUGGGGAGAGGCCACUAUGCUGUGGUCAAACUGGCCAGUCAUGUCUUUACUGGCGAGAAGGUGGCUGUCAAGGUGAUAGACAAGAGUAAGUUAGAUGAAGUGUCGCGGGAUCAUCUCUUCCAAGAGGUGCGCUGCAUGAAGCUGGUGCAGCACCCCAAUGUUGUCCGUCUCUAUGAAGUUAUUGAUACUCAAACAAAACUCUACCUCAUUCUAGAGCUGGCUGAUGGUGGAGACAUGUUUGACUACAUUAUGAAACAUGAUUCAGGACUAGAUGAAGAAGCUGCCAGAAAAUAUUUCAGUCAGAUCGUGCAUGCCAUCAGCUACUGCCACAAGCUUCAUGUGGUGCAUCGGGACCUCAAGCCUGAGAACGUGGUGUUCUUUGAGAAACUUGGCAUGGUCAAACUCACUGACUUUGGGUUUAGUAAUAAAUUUAACCCUGGUCAAAAACUCGACACUAGUUGUGGGUCUCUUGCUUACUCAGCACCUGAGAUACUCCUGGGAGACUCUUAUGAUGCCCCAGCUGUGGACAUCUGGUCGCUGGGGGUGAUACUUUACAUGCUGGUGGUAGGACGAGCUCCUUUCCACGAGGCAAACGACAGUGAAACCCUGACCCGCAUCAUGGACUGUUCCUAUAACAUUCCUGAACACGUGUCUCUGCCAUGCAGAAGGUUAAUCAGCAAAAUGUUGAUCCGUGAGCCGAACAAGCGGUCGACAUUGGAGGACAUCACGCGUGACCCGUGGCUGCGAGGUGCAGGCCCUGGUACAGAGCAGCUGGCCGACAUGCUGCCCCUCGUGUCACGUGAGCACCUCACGGAGGAGGACCACGCGCACAUCAUACACAAGAUGGUGGCAGGCAACAUCGCUGCUAUUGACCAGAUCAUUGAUGCGUUGGACCGCAACGACUACAACCACAUCACGGCGACGUAUUUUCUGCUGGCGGAGCGCAAGCUGCGGGCGGCGCGCCUACGCACCGCAGAGGACGUCGAGCACAACAACAAACAGCGCCUGCAGCAGCUCGACGCCGCCCCUCAACCGUGGGAUGAGGAAGAUGUUGGCAAGAGCGAUCCAGCCUUGCCUGUGGCUGGAGUGAGCAAAGACGACUCCUGCACCAAUGCGAUCGGCACCUCUGCACUGCACACCAAGAUUGCCGAGAUGCGACUUGGCAAUCGUCACCGCACGUUCAGCAUUGUCGAAGAGGAGGAGGAAGAAGAAGAGUUCGAUGAAGAGGCUGUACCUGAGGACGAACCAUUCGAGGAGUCAAAUCAGCAGCGCUCCAGAAGUGGUUCACGCAGCGGGUCUCGCAGCGGUUCGAGGAGCGGCUCAAGAAGUGGUUCUCGUCGAGGUUCACGAGCUUCAAGCACGUCAAGUCUUAAGGACAAAUGUGGUCGUGAUAUGAAACUGGACUUAUCUCUGCUACAUCGCCUGGAUGCCGUGAGGCGCGGCAGUGGCUCGCUGCAAGGCUCCUUGCAGAGCAGCAGCACAACGACAUCGCCAUCGGCUGAUGACUUGAAUGUCCUCUUACCUGAACCGCCUUUCCCUGCCUCCUCAAACAUCGGCGUUGGCCGCUGCAAAACCCGCAGUGCUGGCACGUCUCCAGCUACGACUCCUCCUAGCAGCCUCUUGUGUCUCAAUCACGUGCCUUCCACUGUCAUUCCUUCUGCUGCUGUGGCUCCUGCAGCUGUCAGCGCUCAAAUUCCCAUUCCUUCUCAGCCAAAGAUUACCCCGCAAUCUUCUGUGUCGUCUUCGCCUACUUCGCAAACCGUGUCACCUUCUUCGCCAGGUCUUCCUUCAUCACCCAAAACUCAAGGAAAUCCUCCUUCACCUAAGAACCAAGGAGCUUUCUUCAAUAGCCUCAAGUUCAAGACAAUGCCGUCUCCUAAUCGACGGUUACACAGCGUUCGCUCAUCUCCUCAGCUCACAUUGAACGAAAUAUUUGAAGAGGGCGAGAGUGACGGCGAGAGCAGCAAUGCAGCAUCGGCUGCUGCCCCGUUGGGUAACAUGCGGCAGAACUCUCUAGCUAUGGCUUUGCCAGGUGCUGCUUCGGUGUCACCUUCGGGCGGCAGGCGACACAACAGGCUUGUGAGAGCACGGACUGCCUCCUGUAGCUCUACUGAGUCCAAUGACGAGGACGAUAUUCGUGUCAAGCGGGCUAAGGCAAUGGCCCGCCAGUUUAAUAAAGAGAAUGUGGAGAAUUCGAGUGCUGUGACAAUGCCUCGAGUUUUAACUGAUACUGAUAGGACAAGUCUGAAACAUGCUACUAAUAAUAAUAUAGAUAACAAACGCGAUAAAGAAAGUUUAAUUGUCUUAGAUACUGAUACACCGCUUGAUUCUGUCACGGUAGAAAAUAGUGAGGAAGUCUUGAAAGAAUGUGAUGAAAUAUCUUCUAAGAUUAUGGAGGACAACUUGCUUCCUCCUGACAGUGUACCUGUUGUGACCCUUUCUCUUCCUCCUUGUGUUAAUCCUGGAUUAAAAACAGGUACUCGGUCUCAGCCAACAUGCGCCCUUGAGGCUCGUAGCAGCCCUGCAAAGAAAGAAAACAAUAGCAGAAGCACAGAAAAUAUGCUCGACAUAGACUCGACACUGCGCGAGAGUCGUUCACUUAACUGCAUCAUAAAAGCGAGUGGAGAAGAGGAAGACACUGAUUCACAUUUAUGCAGUCUCUCUGUAAGCUCUCUAGUGAGCGAGAGCAACAACUGUGUCCCCUGCAAUAAUAUUACAAUCACUAAUGACAACGUCACAACAAUAUACAUCGGCGAUUCUAAUUGCUCUCCCACUGAUGAGUUUAGUCCAAAAGAUGAUCGUGUCGUUAUUCAUGUUGCUAAUCAUCAGUGCUCUGGAAAGCACAGAUAUCAUGCCUCUCCUUCUAGCGAUGACAAUUUAGGCCGGAGUGAGGAUAAUGACCCGUGGAUUAGCUCGUCUGGAAGCAUGUACAACAAGAGGUUCGUUGGUGCCCGAGAUGUUGUACUGGGUAUUGUUGACACUCCGCCUGUUCGACUAGGCCACUUCAAUAACAGCGAUCCUGACAUGCCCCAGCCAGGAGUGCCUUUUUCGUCACCUUCCAGUGGGUCUUCCCCUACUCCUUCCUCUCCUUCGAGUGGUCCAUGGGUGCUUUUAGGCUCUAGGCCCACCUCUCAUCCCUCUACCCUGCAGCACCAGGUGUGUAGGGUCCCUGUAUCAAGUCUUACAAAGUCCGCUUCUCACAUGGACGCCCUAGCAAAGCUCAAACCCUGUAAGCUAGGAGGCCGAGGUGCAGCGAACGGGUCCCUCGGGGCACCUAGGAAUCACUUUCUUAUGGAUAUCAACCAAAACGCUGGCGGGGCCAAGAAGAGCAAGUCGGAAAAAAGCUCCAGUUCUUUAGCCAUACACGGCAGCUCCAAGUGCUGCUCCGUAUCAUGAACAUCUUGUGGGUGCCAGCUUAAGCGGCUCUAGCAUUUAGCUCCUCAUGCUUGUCAUGAAUGCUUUCUGUGAAGAAGCUUCAGAUGCAAGCCUUAGGUUUCUUCUUUUGUACAUUGAAUAACAUUUUGUACUUGAAAUUAGGGCUUAGUAUUUAUUUUUAAUUUAUAUUGACGAGUAACUUUUUUACCCAGUUUGCACAGGUGGCAUCCAAGUUCAUUAUAUAUACUAAUAAUUGCGUUGGGUAUUCAAAGUUGCUUAAUGUGCUUAGUUUUGCGUGGCCCUAUUUCUUCAGUUAAAUUAUCCCUAGUAAUUCAAUCUAAAAGUUCUGUAACGGAAUGGAAAGCGCGUAAAUUGAGCUCUUGUUGUUAAUUUAAUUCACUGCCUUAGUUACGACUAACAUGGCUGCUCUGAGCGUAUUUUCAAAUUUGUUUCACUACCUCAUGAGUUAGCUCGUUUACUUCAAUGUUAUUUUUAUUGACUCUAAUGAUCAAAACUAUUACUGGUAGGUCGUGUACUUAGCUCUUCUUAAUUUCUCUUUCUUUGCUUUCCUGCGAUUUAUCUAGUCUCUCUUUCUAUUGACAUAAUAGUUCCCUUUAUCUACCUCUUACCGGUGUUUUCUCCUUAAAUGUCUGAUUAUGUGUGCCGUUUCUCUUUGUUCUUUACGUGACUUAUAAUUAUCUGUAACUAACGACGAAAUUGUUAGAAUAAUGAAGCUUCUCUACCAUUAGGCUCAAGUGUCAUGCGUAAUGUAUCGUCUUCAGUGUUGUCUGUCCACACUGUUCUCCUGAACAAAAUUGCCCUAAUAACUGUGUGAAAAUUUCGAACUAUUAUAUCUUACCUGCCGUAAUAACUUUGUGUUGAUAUUUCAAACAAAUAUGUCUUAGUCUCUUAGACACUGCUAACUGAAGUGCUUUUGGGUCAUUUUCGACGAUCAUUUGGGAUGAAUUGGGUUCUGAUUGGUAGUGCGUGAAACUGCACGGUAUUAAGUGUAAUUCACCUACAGUUGAGAAGCUAACCAAAUUGCGGUGUGCUGUACAAUUGCGAUGUACAUGCGGUAUGCUAGUGUAUAUGGACGUAAUAUCCAUACUAGUGAUCAACGUAUUGCUGUUGUUUGAAGGAGAGAAAACUUGAGUUCUAUUUCUGAUGAGUUUAAUUCUACGGACCUUAUACUCUGCUUAUUGUUACACAUGGAAUUUUUUGCAGUGACUAGCGUAAAUUUUAUCUCUGCACCUGCGUCAUUUGUAACGUUAGGAAAAAAUGUACUCGCUUAUUUUCAUUGUGUUUGUGGUGCAUUUCUUUAACUUCUUUCAGUGUCCUUCCUGCCCAUGUGUUGUUUCUGUUCAAAUUGCUGAGGC